AUGGAUCCCUUCGAAGCAGCAGACUCGCUUCUAUACCACCUUGAAUGGAAGUGUGAUGACGGCUGCAAUCUGAUGAGCUGGACUACCUCUUUGCUUUUUGCACUGCAGUACGGUCUCUAUCGCCAUCGAACGGAUAACGACCAUCCUGCAUUCGAGGAUAUUUUCUUACUCAUGAUUGAUACACGCGACUUUCCCGAAAGAACAUUUAUCAAGGAUCUGGAGGCUGUUAAUGCUUUGAAUAAUAAUGCGAUCGGACGAUGUGUGGAGGUCAGCUUCCAGACGCUGAUUGAUCUUGGUCUCUUCGAGCUGUUCCCUCCGCUUGCUGUUGAGUCCGAAUGGGGGAAGUGGGCGAGCAGAGUGAUUCAGUUUCGUCGGCCAUUUUACGAAGGAGAGAUUUCGAGUCCUACUGCGGAUGAAGUGCGGACGGCUGUUGAGAUCGCGAGGGAUGGCUUUGGGGAUCGCUGGACGUUUCCUGUUGCUGCUAUGUUGCUUGCAUUCAGGCCUCGUGCGGUCGAUGAUCAGGUCAUUCUUGAGGGAUUCAAGGCAGAAUUUUCAAAGGAUGAGAUAAGCGAGUUGUCGUUGCAUGAUAUCAGCAUUGAUUGUCACCUACUGCCUGAUGGUCGUGUUGGCCUGCCUGAACUCGUUCAGUUUGAGAAGCUCGUCAAUGACGUUCGUGGCCAUUUUAUCGGGACGGAUAUCAAGUCGCUUUUUCGAACAGUACGGUGA